AUGGGGAGGGUGGUGCUUAUGGCAAUCUUGGCAAUGCUUAUCACCGUCUGGGUGAUUUCAAAAAAAAGCCAUAGAGUACCACAACCUAGAUCUUAAAAUAGCUAAAGAAGUAGGAGACAAGCAUGGGAGGGUAACGCUUAUGGCAAUCUUGGCAAUGCUUAUCUUAGUCUGGGUGAUUUAAAAAAAAAGCCAUAGAGUACCACAACCUACAUCUUAAAAUAGCUAAAGAAGUAGGAGACAAGCAUGGGGAGGGUAACGCUUAUGGCAAUCUUGGCAAUGCUUAUGACCGUCUGGGUGAUUUCAAAAAAGCCAUAGAGUACCACAACCUACAUCUUAAAAUAGCUAAAGAAGUAGGAGACAAGCAUGGGGAGGGUAACGCUUAUGGCAAUCUUGGCAAUGCUUAUCACCGUCUGGGUGAUUUAAAAAAAGCCAUAGAGUACCACAACCUAAUUCUUAAAAUCGCUAGAGAAGCAGGAGACAAGCAUGGGGAGGGUAACACUUGUGGCAAUCUUGGCAAUGCUUAUCUUAGUCUGGGUGAUUUAAAAAAAGCCAUAGAGUACCACAACCUACAUCUUAAAAUAGCUAAAGAAGUAGGAGACAAGCAUGGGGAGGGUAACGCUUAUGGCAAUCUUGGCAAUGCUUAUGACCGUCUGGAUGAUUUCAAAAAAGCCAUAGAGUACCACAACCUACAUCUUAUAAUAGCUAAAGAAGUAGGAGACAAAUCCUCGGAGGCAAUGGCCUACUGUUCACUAGGAUUGGUUUUUGAGUUACAAGGUAGACUGCCAAAAGCCGUUGAACAUUACCAAGCUAGCAUAAACUUAUUCAAUUCCUUGAGAGUACUUCUAAUAUCUAAAGAUGAGUGGAAAGUUAAUUUUCGAAAUCAGCAUCAAGUUGCGUAUACGGGUUUGUGGAGAGUUCUCGUAGAACAAGGUAAUGUAGAUGAAGCCUUAUUUGUUGCUGAGAAAGGACGAGCUCAAGCUCUGACCGACCUCAUGGAAUCCAGUUUUUUUGUGGUGGAACAAGUCACCACAAGGGAGAAGAUGAAGAUUGCGCAGUUUUAAAAAACGUUCCAUCGAACACUGUCUUUCAGGCAGUGGACAAAGCUAACGUCAAUCUUUGGGUUGUGUCCGAAGGAAAACAAGUUCAGUUAAGACAAAGUAAACUCAAAGGUUUUGUUUCAGAGAAUAGUGGAUCUAGCCUGUCCUUUGAGGCGUUCAUGCUCGGUGUCUAUACACAACUUGGUGUUCGUUCUAAUGUGAGAUGCGAGAAUCGAUCUUUAGAUGCUUUGAGGGAGGGCCGUUCGAAAGUGGAUGAGAAAACCAAAGAAGCCAAGCCUCAACCUCACAUCCAACAAGACGGAUGCUUGAGCACUUUGUAUGAUAUCGUUAUGAAGCCGGUGGCUGACUUGAUUGAAGGGGAUGAGCUACUCAUUAUUCCUGAUGGACCCCUGUGGAUCGCUCCUUACGCUGCAUUGAAGGAUGGUAAUUCUAAAUACCUGUGUGAAUCGUUCACAAUCCGAGUCGCUCCAUCGUUAGCAAGUCUUAGACUCAUUGCCGAUUGCCCAGAUGAUUAUCACAAAAGCAGUGGUGCGUUACUUGUAGGAGAUCCGUGGGUAUCCGAGGUUACUAACAGCGAGGGAAAGAAAGUCUUCGAGCAGCUUGAGUAUGCUAAAAAAGAAGUAGAAAUGAUCGGAAACAUUCUGAAUAUCACGCCGAUCACUGGAAGUCAGGCCACGAAACGUGAGGUGUUGAAGAGACUCAGUUCCGUUUCCCUAGUUCACUUUGCGGCACACGGAUGUAUGGAAACUGGCGAAAUUGCUCUUACACCUGACCCAGACCGAAUAUCUACUGUGCCAACGGAGGAGGAUUACAUUUUAACAAUUGGAGAUGUGUUGAAUGCUCAACUUCGGGCCAAACUUGUUGUGCUUAGUUGCUGCCACAGCGGCCGGGGCGAGAUCAAGGCUGAAGGUGUGGUUGGCAUUGCGCGCGCUUUUUAUGGGGGCUGGUGCUCGGUCUAUUGUGGUGUCCCUGUGGGCGAUUGA